UUCCUCCAUUGUUACAUUGUAACAAACGGGGCCGGGGCGAACCGGGAGAGAAAGGCCGUCUUCUCGGUUGAAUACUUGCAAACAUUUUUAAAAAGCCAUCGGGGCCAUAACAGGGCGAUCCGCGUUAAUGCGAGAAGACAGCGAAGUAAGACGCAGCCCGACCGAACCCGCCCCGGUGAGGGGGGAAAAAGGAUAAGCUGACACAGAUGUCAGCGGAUUUCUCCAUCGCAAGCAUUUCAGCGCUUACGGCAGGAAGAUCGGACCUUUCGCCUGUUUACAUUAUUCACGUUGCACCGCAAAAAAUGCUGGGGAACAAAUCGCACACGUCCCACUUCCUGCCAUCCGUCCUUUAAAUAGACAGGCAUGCAGCGUUUCGGUACAACCCGCAGGUCCAACAGACAGCUGCUGCUGCUGCUGCUGCUUUCUUCGUGAUCUUUUUCACUGUGCAGAACAAUGAACAUGGAGCCCAAGUAGCCUCGCACAGUCGGCUAGAAGCGUUUCCAAACUGACAGUCACGCAAGCUCUCAGCCUCGGCUCACCGUCGCUCCGCCGUUUGCCGGUCUGGAUACUCGGUUCGGGGAUAUUCGGUUUUGGCACACACACAAAACACACAUAAACACACAAAGCAUUUCAUAGGGAGGAGGGCGUUGAAAGAUUAAUGUGCUGCUCACAUUUGAAACGGGAAACGACCUACGAGCUGGUUGGAACAAGGGUCCCUGUUUCUGUCCCAGACACUGAGUUUCCAUGGAGGCAGGUUCGUCCCUCAGCCUCAAACGACGAUAUGAAGAGGUGGACCACAGCUCUCCAUUCUCCACACCUAAAGACUCGGACGAUGACAUCUCCAGCAGCGACAGCGCCGACAGCUGCGACAGCCUCAACCCUCCAUCCAGCACUGCAUUUACCCCCACCUCCAUCCUCAGACAGCACAAGCCGUCACCGGGGGGAAAGAGGGUCCGUUUUGAUGUCGUGACGGUGUAUUACUUCCCCCGGCGGCAGGGAUUCACCAGCGUGCCCAGCCAGGGGGGCAGCUCCCUGGGCAUGGCCCGGCACCACUCCUCCAUCAGACAUUACACACUGGGCGAGUUCGCCCGCGAGCAGGAAACGAGCCACCGACACACCUUACGCCAGCACCUGCGCCAAGAGAAGCUCAACGCUCGCAAGAUGAAGCUGACGAGGAACGGCACGGUGGAGUGCGCUCAGGCAGACCUGCUCACUCUGGAUGACGUAUCGGACGAGGACCUCGACGUGGACGGGGUGGAGGUGGACGACUGUUUCUUCCUUCAGCCGCUGCCCACAAAGCGCCGCCGAGCCCUCCUGCGAGCCUCUGGCAUCGCCCGCAUAGACGCGCGGGAGAAAGCGGAGCUCAGAACCAUCCGCCUGUCGCGGGAGGAGUGCGGCUGCGACUGCCGCCUGUACUGUGACCCUCGGCACUGUGGCUGCAGCCAGGCUGGCAUCAAGUGCCAGGUGGACCGAAUGUCUUUCCCAUGUGGCUGCUCUCGCGAUGGCUGCGGCAACAUGGCGGGCCGCAUCGAGUUCAACCCCCUGCGUGUCAGAACUCAUUACCUGCACACCAUCAUGAAGCUGGACCUGGAGAAGAGGAGGAUGCUGAUACAAGGGGACCAAUAUGCUGAAUCUGACCCGCUGUCCUCCCCGUCCUCCACUUGCCCCACUUCUCCGGACCUGUCGUCAGUCGCCGGUGUGGACUCUGAGCUGGACGAGGGCGCGGUGCAGACGGUGGUGGAGGUUCAGGAUCUCCUGGCGGAGCAGGACAUUCUGGAGCGAGAGAACGAGACGGCUGUGUUGCAUCUGCAGAGUGCAGAGGAGCAGGAAAGGAGGGAGAGGGAGGAGGCGGAAGGGGAGGCGGUGCAGCAGGAGCUGGGUGCCGGAGGUCUCACAGAGCAGCCUCUCUGCCUCAUGCCUGGUGCCUUGGAAGGGGAGCUGCCCGAGCAGGCAGAGGUGCCGGGCGUGGAGCAGGUCCUCCUGCAGGGGCCGUUCCCCACAGGGGCCACGGUGCUAUGCAUCACUGACAACCAGGAGGAGAGCCCCUCUGACCUCCUCAAAGACUCCACUUCUCUGCUCUACUAUCAGCUCAGCCCCAUAGAGCCCGGAGCCUUUGAGAGCCUGCCCAGAGUGGAGGAGGCUGAACAGGAGGAGCGCGUGGUGAGCGAACAAGACUCAGGAGGAGGCGAGUGUGUGGAGAGGAAACAAGAAGGAGAAGAGCAGGCGAAGGAUGAUAAGCCUGAAGAGAUCACCUCCAGGCAGAGUUUGGGCAAGUCCUUGACCAGUGUGGUUCUCUGCUCCGAGGAACGUGUGGAGGCAGAGGAGGGGAGGCCCUCGAGUCCCAAGCAGAGCCUCCCCGACGAGCAGUGCCAACAACAGGGCUCCUGUCGGGAUGGGGAAGUAGGGCCACUGCCUCCUGAAGUUUAAUUCUAGAUUCUCUGCAGAUAUUUUGCACAACAGCUUCAUCUAAGAUGAAAAAAUUACACACUUUCACAUUUAUUACUGCUAUCAUCAAGUAUGAUUACAGGUUGCAGUCUCUUGUAGUGACUGUCAUUGAACUUUGUGGAGAAUGAGCUUGAGUAGUACAUGAGGAAGAGGGAGGUGCUGCAAGCACAUACACAUCACUCCCCAGAGGUAAUAUGGAUGCAGUUACAAGGCAACAUUGUACGUAAUUCUGUAGGGGGUGAUGAAUGCGGCCUUAAUGGAAAAACAUUAAAAAAAAGGAACACUUGUGUGUAGGAGUCGUUUUUGGAUGAGAAAAUACAACAAGUAGUGCUUUGUUAAAUUCCAACGCAGCAAAUAGAAAACACAACGCGUGAAUGCUGACAUAAGCCUUUCGUGUGGCGAUGUACUAAACUAUCAACACUUAACACAAAUUGUUUCACAGCGUGCAACAAGCUGGUGUGUUUAGAUACUGCCUGCCUCUCUUUCUGUUACAGCAAACGUGCUGUAGGCAAGCAAGCCAAAUGAAGGCCCCGUGAUAGUCUGAAAAUAGCUGACAAUAGACCUAAUAAUCCUGGAAAUACUUGUUUUUGUGUACUGUAUAUGCAUUUUGCAGAGUGCACGACAGAGCUGUGGUUGCUGCUUUUUCUUUGGAUCUGUAUGCACAUUGUGAGCUGAGGGCAGUGAACGUCGUGGCUCUGCUGUUAUGAAGGUAAACCAACACUGAGCAGCAGGUCAGCACUGGGCUUAGUUGCGGGGUUUUGCUCACCUUGGGCUGCUCGCCAAAUGCAGUCGAUUUGUCAGCAAAAACCUAGUUUACCUGUAGUAACGAUGCCUAUGAUAUUACUUAUUAUUUCACUGAGUGAUGUGUCUUUUGUGGAUUAGAUACUGUUGGUUUGAAGUCCUUGCAGUCUUUGUUUUUCCCAUAAAAGGACGUGUUAUUUCUUUCCUACUGCUACACUGUAACGCCAUGUAGUCAGUCAGCUGUGUCAUGUUGUCAUGAAAUGCCAGGACUGAUCCACCCAGUCUUCUUCUCCUCUUCGGGAAGAUGAUGAUUCUGGAUCACAUUUCAUAUGAAGAAAAAAGCAUUUAAAGAGUCAAAGAAAAUCACAGCGUGUGCUGUUGGAAGUAGCUGUACAAAACGAUGUGAUGUUACUAAUUUAUGAAGCAGAUUGACCACAACCUGAAUUUGUAUAUUUUACGUUCAAUCUGUACAAUAUAUGUGUGUGUGUGUGUGUGUGUGUGUGUGUGUGUGUGUGUGCGUGCGAACUUCACAUUUGUGUGUGUAUGUGUGAGAGAAAGUUGUGCAUGCAUGUGUGUCUGUUAACUGUUUUAUGAGAAGGGAGGGAGGGGGAGUAUAUUAGCGAGGAAGCAUAUUUUAUUCCUGAAAGGUGCUGAUGUUCUAGAUUUACAAUUCACUGAAUUUUCUCCCAGCCGUCAUGAGAAAUGUGAUUUCAUGGAGAUGUUUCUUGACGGCUGAUAAGUAAGAAGUGUUGGAGAGCCUCUCGUAGGAACGCAAUAGCUACUGCACUGCAAAUCAUUAACGUGGCGAUUCUCGAAUGGCACGUCUUGUCAUUGAGUGUGUAAAUGCAAUCGUAAAACAUUUCUGGUCUUUAAAUGUCUUUUCUAAGCUUUGUCUGAUUAUUACUGAUCUGCGCAAGUGUGCCGACUCUUCUUACACAAAAUCAGUCCUUUGUUCUGUUGCCCAAAAUUACAGCUGUUGCUUUCGGUAACACAGGACGUGCUGCUGUGUAUGAGAUGUCUGAUAUAUUUCUUUGCCUUUUUUUUUU